AUGUCAGACGGCCGCCUUGGGGUGGAGGGUCCUAUAGGCAACCUGGUUCAAGUCUUAUCCGACACUAUUGGCUUCGAUUUCGAAUUAGUUCGGCCUCCAGAUGGACUCUGGGGAAACAAGCUACCGAAUGGAUCUUGGUCAGGGAUGAUGGGAAUGGUUGACAGGAAGGAGGUGGAGUUCGCCGUGGGUCCGUUCACCAUCACGCCUGAGAGGGAGACUGUGUGUGACUUCUCAGCGGCCGUUCACACCGACGACCUGGCCCUCCUGGUGAUCAGACCGGGACUCACCAACGACAUCAGCGGCUUCCUCAAGCCCUUCAACCCUCUGGUGUGGCUGUUGGUUCUGUGCAGCAUAGUAAGUGUUGCAGCAGUCUUGGCUGGGGUAGUGUGGGCGGAGGGAAAUGUGUUUGGCACAUCUAUCAACAAACUCAUUGACAAAGUGUCCAUUAACAUCAUCCAGACGAUCAUGCAACAGGGCUCUAAAUGGAUGCCCAAGAAAGACGCCGGCCGCCUUAUAGCGACCACGUGGCUUCUGGCGUCCUUUGUGUUCACGUCCUGCUACAGUGGCAUCCUCACGGCCAUGCUCACGGUGCCUCGGGUCACCAUCCCCAUAGACUCCCUGGAAGACCUGGUGGCCCAGACUCACCUGCCCUGGCGGCUGGAGGCCGGCUCCAUGAUGAUUCCAUUCCUGAUGGAGUCUGGAGAUCCUGUGCGACAGAAGGUGGCUAGCAAGGUAUCCGGCACGUUUCCUGACUGUUGGACGGCGCGUCAAGCGGUCGCCAAUGGCGAAUACGCUGCACUGUGCGACGUAACCUCUAUGAAGAAAUCCAUGUCCUGGGACUUUAGCACAACUGGGAAGUGUCACUUGUACAUCGCCCGUCAGAAGGUGUAUUCAAACGCCAUGAUGGCGAUGGCUUUCAAGAACAAUUCCACCUUCCGCUCCAGAGCUGACGAAAUUAUCAUGAUGGUUAAAGAGGCUGGGCUGCUGGAGCGGUGGAUGGGGACAGAGAUCACCAACACCAGCCAGUGCCUGCGGCCGCCCACCUCAGACAAGAGGGACGGCUUCUCAGCCUUCAGUCUGCAGGCGCUUUCAGGUCCCUUCAUCGUCCUCGGCUUUG